ACUCAACACAAUUCCCAUCUCUCUCUCUCUCUCUCUCCUACUUUCUCUCUCUAAAAAUAUCACUCACCAACAACUCUAAUGGCAGUUGAAGCUUUGAAUUCUCCAACAACAGCCACCACUCCUUUAUUCCGACAAGAUUCCGGCAACCAUUUAGCUUAUUUAGAGUCAUGGACCAAAGGCAAAAGAUCAAAACGACCUCGUAUCGACCAACAACCAUCCGAGGAAGAGUAUCUUGCGUUCUGCCUUAUGCUACUCUCUCGCGGUAACCCACACACGGUUCCUACUGCACCACCGCAACAACCGCAACAACAACAACUGCAACUGCAACAACCACAACAACAAGGUGCUUACAAGUGUAGCGUGUGUGAUAAGACCUUUGGGUCUUACCAAGCGCUCGGUGGCCACAAAGCGAGCCACCGAAAAAAUCUACCCGAACAUGAGGGAACAACAACUACUGAGCAACCAACCGCACCGACAACCUCUUCUACUAGCGGGACACACGGAACUGGGAGGAGUCAUGAGUGUUCCGUGUGUCACCGGUGUUUCCCCACCGGACAGGCGUUGGGGGGACACAAGCGGCGCCACUAUGAAGGGGUUAUCGGUGGCGGCCGUGCCAGCAGUGGGGUGACAUCAUCCGAAGGAGUUGGGUCUACCAAUAGUCAACGCGGGUUUGACCUCAACCUCCCCGCCAUGCCCGAGUUUCUCCCUGGGUUUGCUGACGAGGAGGUUGAGAGCCCGCACCCCGCCAAAAAGUCAAGAAUGUUUCUGGCGGUGAAGACGGAGAAAACCAACAACAGUACCCAGUAAAAUUUUACUCACAGUAAAAGUAAAACUAUUGUGGGAAAACCGAUAUUUUAUCUGGACAAAGACGCUGCUUUCAGGAAGACUUGACUUCAAAACCUAACCACAGAUCAACACGCACUAUUAAAUUUUACGAUUAUGAAUUAUUGUUUUAUAGUUUAGGGAAUUUAUGUUUAGAAAUCUGUCUAGUCGAGUUCUUUGAUACAGAGAUAUUGAUUCUUUGUAAAUAAUUGUUGAAUUUAAUUUGAUUGAUUUUUUUUUUGUGUAAUUCAGUUGGUUGAUAAUGAUUGUUUUCCGAUUC